ACCAAUUAUUUUAUUUGAAUGAGGAAGAAUUCUGGCAAGGAACAAUUAUAGAGGAUCAGAAAAAAGAAUUCUCUCGGGCGACUCGGCAUUGGGAGUCAAAACAUGGGAAAAGCAUCAAAAGACAAACGCGAUGCCUAUUACCGGCUAGCCAAAGAGCAGAACUGGCGAGCUCGCUCAGCAUUCAAAUUGAUCCAGAUUGAUGAACAAUUCGACCUUUUCGCGCACGCAGACCCUGACAGCGUCACUCGCGUAGUUGAUCUUUGCGCUGCUCCUGGAAGUUGGAGUCAAGUCUUAAGUCGUGUGCUCAUCAAGGGCGAAAGUUUCGGACGAAGAGCAUGGCUGGAAAAACGUCGUCGAGACAAGAAGGCGUUAGAGAAGGUUGGAAAGGAAAGCGAGAAUACACAGGAAGGAGAACAGGAUGACGACGAUACAGAAGACGAAUCUAUAAUCCUCAAACCACGAAAGAAUGUCAAAAUCGUCGCAAUUGAUCUGCAACCAAUGGCGCCGCUGGAAGGAAUUACGAUGAUGAAGGCAGAUAUAACUCAUCCAUCAACGAUACCGCUUCUUCUUCGCGCACUUGAUCCUGAAUAUUAUGAAGAAGGAUCCGAGAAACGAGAUACACCUCAAUCCAAUACAACCACAUCAACAAAACUUCCAUCUCGGCACCCUCACCCAGUGGAUUUAGUCAUCUCAGAUGGCGCGCCGGACGUCACUGGCCUCCACGACCUAGAUAUCUACAUACAAUCCCAACUUCUCUACGCAGCCUUAAACCUAACCAUUGGCGUCCUCCGCCCAGGCGGCAAAUUCGUCGCCAAAAUCUUCCGCGGCCGAGAUGUGGAUCUACUCUAUGCACAAUUACGGACGGUAUUCGAGAAAGUCUCUGUCGCUAAGCCGCGUAGUAGUCGGGCAAGUAGUUUGGAGGCCUUUGUUGUCUGUGAAGGGUUUAUGCCACCUGAGGACUUUGAUUCGACGCAUGCGCUUCAGAAUCCCAUGUUUGGUGGCGCGGCUGUUUCGAAGGAGACUAAUGAAGAUGGGACGGUGGGUUACGAUAUACCAGAUGACGAUGAGAAACCCCAACAAUCUCGAAUUGCGCAGUAUGUCCCUGCUACGGCUAAUGGUGAUGCUCUUGAUCAACUCACAUUGGCUGAACAACUAUCGCAUCCCCCACCGCACGAAUCUCGCUGGAUUCCCCCUUUUAUCGCUUGUGGAGAUCUUUCUGCUUGGGACGCUGAUGCGUCGUAUGCUUUACCGGAAGGAUAUGUUAGUUUAGACCCUGUUCAGCCUCCAACGGCGCCUCCUUAUAAGCGCGCAUUGGAGAUGAGAAAGGAGCUUGGUGGAACCUAUGGUAAGACCAAGCUGGGCGCUACUGGACGUGCUUGA